UAAAAGUGACUAGAUCACCUUUCACUGAUUCAGUCUAGACCGGUCAUUGAUAAAAAACGCAUACUCUGCUAUAGACGGCGUCUUCAGAAUGAGCGUAACAUACAGGCCCAUGCUGCAGAGUCCCCGUUUCUCAGGGGGAGAGCCACGGGUGCGGAUUCUGGAGCAGCCCAAACAGAGGGGCACGCGCUUCAGGUACAAGUGCGAGGGUCCGUCUGCAGGCAGCAUCCCCGGAGAGAGGAGCUCAGAGAACAGCAGGACCUUCCCCAGCGUCCAGAUUUCAAACGUCUACGGGCAGGGCAAGGUUCGCGUGUCGCUGGUGACCAAGAGCGAGCCGUACAAGCCACACCCCCACGAGCUCGUGGGGAAAGACUGCAAGGACGGGUACUACGAGGCGGAGUUCGGCCCGGAGCGGAACAUCAUCAUCUUUCAGAACCUGGGGAUCCAGUGUGUGAAGAGGAGAGAGGUGAAAGACGCCAUCAUGCAGAGAGUGGCUCGCUCCAUCAACCCCUUUAACGUUCCCCAGGACCAGCUGCUGCAGAUGGACGACUACGACCCCAACGUGGUGCGGCUCUGCUUCCAGGUCUUCCUGCUGGACGAGUCGGGCGACUACACCCUGGCCCUGACCCCCAUCGUCUCCAACCCCAUCUACGACAACCGGGCGCCCACGACUGCCGAACUGAGAAUCUGCCGGGUCAACAGGAACAGCGGGACCGUGAAGGGCGGUGACGAGGUCUUCCUCUUAUGUGACAAGGUUCAGAAGGACGACAUCGAGGUGCGCUUCUCGACGCAGAGCUGGGAGGCCAAGGGCUGCUUCUCCCAGGCGGACGUGCACCGCCAGGUGGCCAUCGUGUUCAAGACUCCGCCCUACGCCAACGUGUCCGUCACCGCCCCCGUCACCGUGGCGAUGCAGCUCCGCCGGCCGUCCGACCAGCAGGUCAGCGAGCCCAUGGAGUUCCGCUAUCUGCCCGACAACAAAGAUCCGCACGGCUGCCAGGAGAAGAAACGGAGGCUGGAGGACAUCAUGAGGUCCUUCUCCAGCGGGGUGAACUUCAACAGACCCAGCCUUGUGCCAUGGAUCAACCACUCCAUCAAGCAAGGUAGGAAUCAGAAAUUCUGCGCUUAUAAGUAAAUAAUUCGUUAUGUAGCUGAUGCUUUUUCCCAAAGCGAAUUACAGUUGAUUAGACCAAGCAAGGGACAAUCCCCCCUGGAGCAAUGCGGGAUUAAGAGCCAUGCUCAAGGGCCCAGUCAUGCACCAUAUCCACUAGACAGCAGAUGGCUCAUUUAACGUUUAGGCAAACUAAGCAUCAGGUAGACCUUAGUGACAGGUGAAGGAGAUACUGGGCUGAAUGGCCUGUUCUUGCCGUUGUGUUGUCGCCAGGAACGACGGAC